AUGAUGGGUGAUGCUGGAGUUCCUCCCAACCGCGCGGUCAUCCGGACCAUGAACCCCAACUACAUCGGAUUUGACUACAUUGGCUGGUACGUCGGCAACGCCCGGCAGACGGUAUCAUACUUCGUCAACCACUAUGGGUUCUCUGUCUUGGCAUACCGCGGCCCCGAGACCGGUUCAUUCGCUACAACUGCCUACGUGAUCGCCAACGGGGCAGCCCGGUUUGUGUUCACUGCGCCCCUCAGUUCACCUGAUAGCUUGUGGGAUACACGAGCCAGCGAAGAAGACCGCACCUUCUGUGCCGAGGUGCACGCACACUUGACGAAGCACGGCGAUGGAGUCAAUAACAUCGCCUUCCAAGUAGACGACGUGCGCGGCGUGUGGGAGCAUGCUGUCGAAAAUGGUGCCGAAUCCAUUCAGGACCCGCAGGUUCUCAAGACCGACGACGGCGAGAUCCUCGUGGCUGUAAUUCAAACAUUCGGAGACACUAUCCAUACCUUGAUUGAUCGAUCUUCGUAUCGAGGCCCAUUCUUGCCCGGCUUCAGGGCCAUCGACGAUAGCAACAGGCUACAGGAGCACUUGCCGAAAAUUGAUCUGAUCGAAGUCGACCACUGCGUGGGUAAUCAGGGAUGGAACGAUCUGGAUGGGGUCGUCAACUUUUAUGAGAACGCGUUGAACUUCCACCGCUAUUGGACUGUCGACGACAAAGAGAUGUGCUCUGAGUUCUCGGCCAUGCGCUCGGUUGUGGUUGCAUCGCCGAACGAGGUUAUCAAAAUGCCACUGAACGAGCCGGCGAAAGGCAAGAAGAAGUCUCAGAUUGAGGAAUUCUGCGAUUACUACAAUGGAGCGGGUUGCCAGCACAUCGCGUUCCGCACCAACAACAUCAUUGAGACAGUCGAUGGGCUGCUAAAGCGCGGUGUCGACUUUCUCUCAGUACCGGACUCGUAUUAUGCUGAUGUGCGCAGGCGGCUGGAGCAAACGGGUACUAAGGUGGCUGAGGAGCUUGACUCGCUUCAGAAGUACAACAUUCUCAUUGAUUUCGACGAGGGUGGGUAUCUUCUGCAGAUCUUUACCAAGCAUAUUGGGGACCGCCCAACUGUAUUCCUGGAAAUUAUCCAACGCGAGAACUUUGACGGGUUCGGCGCUGGUAACUUCAAGAGCCUGUUUGAGGCGUUUGAGCGCGAGCAGGCAUUGCGCGGUAAUCUUUAG